CUAGGCCUCAAGCGAGAGCUCAAAAACCGCAAGUUUUCACUACUUGCACUAUUGUUGUUGGAUGUUGUUGGAUUGGCCCGAUGAAAUAUUGCUGGAUGGGGCGCCCUGUUCGAGCUGACUUCUUAGUGUGUUGGGAAUUUCAGCUGGUUUGCUUUACAUUUGGUUGUUCGCUCAAUCUCCAGCUAACUAUUCACUGAGAAACUUUAUAUAUUAAUUUGGGCUUUAUUAAUAAUGGGUCAAAAACCGUCAAGUCAAGAAGGGAACAAGAAAGAUGAUAAGACAAAACGAAGAGAGUUCGACCCUCCAGUGCCCACUAGGAUGGGGAAGCAGAAGCGAUCCAAAGGCCCAGACAGCGCCAACAAGUUGCCUCAAGUCACACCACAUACUCGAUGCAAACUUCGGCUGUUAAAGAUGGAAAGAAUUAAAGACUUCUUACUGAUGGAAGAGGAAUUUAUCAAAAACCAGGAGCGCUUAAAAACAGAUGAAGAGCGUCAUGAGGAAGAAAGAUCAAAAGUUGAUGAUCUGCGCGGCACACCAAUGUCGGUGGGAACUUUAGAAGAGAUAAUUGAUGACAAUCAUGUUGUCGUAUCAACUUCCGUCGGUAGUGAACAUUAUGUCAGUAUACUUUCUUUUGUCGACAAGGGUAUGCUGGAGCCCGGAUGUUCUGUAUUAUUAAACCACAAAGUUCAUGCAGUUGUUGGCGUAUUAACAGAUGAAACCGAUCCUAUGGUGACAGUUAUGAAGCUGGAGAAGGCACCUCAAGAAACGUACGCAGACAUUGGUGGUCUCGAUGUACAGAUACAGGAAAUCAAAGAGUCAGUUGAACUACCUCUGACACAUCCAGAACUUUAUGAAGAAAUGGGUAUCAAGCCUCCUAAAGGAGUGAUUCUAUAUGGGGCACCAGGGACAGGUAAAACGUUACUGGCCAAGGCUGUUGCAAACCAAACCUCAGCUACUUUUCUACGUGUUGUCGGUUCAGAAUUAAUCCAAAAAUAUUUGGGUGAUGGCCCGAAACUGGUCCGUGAGCUGUUUCGAUUAGCAGAGGAGAAUGCACCUAGUAUCGUCUUUAUUGACGAAAUAGAUGCGGUGGGAACUAAAAGAUAUGAAUCCAAUUCAGGUGGGGAACGAGAAAUUCAAAGAACUAUGUUGGAGUUACUUAACCAACUAGAUGGUUUCGAUUCCCGAGGGGAUGUCAAGGUUAUUAUGGCUACUAACAGGAUUGAAACAUUAGACCCUGCAUUAAUCAGACCUGGUCGAAUUGAUCGUAAGAUCGAAUUUCCUCUACCUGAUGAAAAGACAAAGCGUCGUAUUUUCGGUAUUCAUACAAGCCGAAUGACAUUAGCAGAAGAUGUGAAUCUAGAAGAAUAUGUUGCUUCUAAAGAUGAACUCUCAGGUGCAGAUAUCAAGGCUAUUUGCACUGAAGCCGGAUUAUUGGCUCUAAGAGAAAGGCGAAUGAAGGUCACUGAUGAGGACUUCAAAAAGGCGAAGGAAAAUGUACUUUACAGGAAAAGUGAAGGAACACCUGAAGGUCUAUAUCUCUAACUUGAGUGAUUGCUUUAUGUAAAAAUGUAAAACUAAAUAAACAAGUUUUAUUAGA